AUGGCUAAACCCUCAAAACCACCUCCCUCAUCUCUCAAUGGCCCAUCCUCCAAACUUCUGCGCGUCACCCUCGAAGGAGCGGUAAUGAGUGCAGUCUCCAACAGCCUUGCUCAGGGCUUCAACGCAUACCGCGAGGGCUGGUCCGCGAUUGAUCCCCUGGCGUUCAUUCACUUCAUCAUUCUUGCGAUCAUUACCACUCCACCGAACUACAAAUGGCAGUUGUGGCUCGAAGAGACGUUCCCGAGCAAUCCCAAAAGAGAGGGACCAGCCCCGGCCGGCAAGAAAGAAGACGAUGCACCAGUCGAGGAUGACAAGUCGGCACUCUCGAUAACAAACACCGCCGCCAAGUUUCUACUGGAUCAAACUUUUGGCGCAGGCUUCAACACUUUGUGGUUCAUCGUGAUGAUCAAUCUACUGAGGGGCAAGAGCUUCGAGCACAUUGCGACCACCGUGCAAAAUGACUUCUUCCCCAUGCUUAUGGCCGGCUAUAAAUUCUGGCCCAUGGUCACUCUGAUAAACCUCGUCGUGGUCCCUUUUGACCAGAGAAUGCUUGUGGGUGGCUUGGCAGGUCUGGCCUGGGGAAUGUACGUCAGUUUGACGCAGAUGUGA